UUAUUGUUUUGGCACUGGCAAAGUUGUCCAGCUGUAAGCCAUUUUGGGCUAAUUUUACAUUUUACCUAGUUUUCCACUUUCUCCAAAGUAAAAAUGUGGAUAUGUGAGUUGUAAAACAAUAUAUUGUUCAUACACACUGGGCACGCGGAUGCGAUUCAAACGUGAACAUCACUGUGAGGAACCGAGUCCAAAGCUUUGGAGUUGACUCUCGAUUCCACAAUAUAUUUGAAAUCGAGGAAUCGAUUCUUUUUGGGAUCGACUCCCACCCCUGGUAUGAGCGCCAGUCGGUGAUAAUUCAGACCUCAGAAAACGGAUUGCUGUAAAUUGCGAGGGAAAUUAGAAAGCAGCAGAGCAAACAGGUGGCUGAAAUGGAUUCAGAAAGCAAUGUCAGGAAGAAGAUGUCUGACUUAUACGCCAAAUAUUCUGAGAAACCAUGGAGUGAGACCUUUCAGCUGGUGCGUAGGUGCAUGGACAAAAGUAGAACAGACACUAAGCCCCGUGAGACCAUUAUGAAAUGCAUGCAGAAACUUCAGGAAGCUCUGAAUGUGAGCUCUGUGAAUGCCAUGGUGUCCAGGCUGGAGAUGAUUGCCAAACAGAGAGGACUGGGUUCCCACCAGAGUCCCACAGAGACAGCAUGCUAUCUGACAGCAGAUCUGUUCUACCUGGAGGUGCUCCUGCUGCCUGGGGGAGGGGUGGAGGACGUGAAGGUAGCCCAGCAUGGUGAAGCUCCUGAGUCAAAUGUGUCACUCCUUCAACUGCUAAGGAUGAAGAAGUUUGAGGAAUUUUCAGUCAAGCUGGAUGACCUGGCUUCUCUCUACAACGUACCAGGAGACAGCGAUACAAAGAUAAAGGUAUAUAUGUCCCUUCAGCAUCUGCAGAAAGACCUACUCAAGAUAUCCAAUUUACCAAGACAUUUGAUAGAGAGUGAUGUGCAAGUUGACAUGGUUCUGAAUGGCAGAAUUGGGAGCAUCAUGUCUUGCAGAGAAGGACACCCAAUGAGCAUCCAGUACUACACCAGCCCCUCAGACAUUCUGAUGGAGAUGUUUCGUCCAGGUGAAAGCAGCCGUGGUCAGGCUGCCAUGGUAGUGGUGGGUGCCAGUGGCACUACACACAGGUUGCAGAUGGAGUCUUUGAUCCCCACUCCCCCUCAAGUGGAUUCGGUGGGGCUCCCUGUGUUCAGGCCACUGUCUGAAACAAGCUCUGAGCUCCUGCCAGCCUUCUUCCUUCUCAAGCUCCAGCCACCACUGCCCACGCUCAACUCCUUUAUCCACAAGAUGAGCCAAAUCACAGAUGUUACACCAGAGACUGACCUGCAGGGGGAGCCCCUAUUCCAGCUGAUAAAGCAGGAUGGACUGGAGGAAAAGAACUGUAAGACGUCAGGUGAUGGAAAGGAUGUUCACUUUCUUAAGACUCUUCCUGAUGCUGAGCUUCACAACUAUGUGUUCGGUGAUGCUGAAUGGAAGUGUGACUCAUGGAAAGGAGCUAUAAUUCACACAGUUCCCUUCACCCAUCCUGCCCACGUGCCUGCCUUAUUGGAGCUCCUUCGCCAUCAGUCAGUCAUCAAUGUCCUCUUAGCAAGCUGCAUUUCCAGCCAUGAGCACCAACCAGGUAUAGCAUCUGACCUCAACUGUGAAAUUCUCCCGGAGUCUGACUGCAGCUUUUCUGUGGCCUUCAGCCUCCUGGACAGUGACUCUCUGGCAGUUUUGAUGAUUUCUGUGGUGGAUUGUCGCCAAGUGCACUGCAGGCUCCUAAUGGCAGGUUUAGUGGAUCACUCUCUAGAUAACUACGCCUCCAGAGUCCUUACACGAUGUUUAUCCAUCCCCAUCACUAUAAGAGCCAUACGGAAGAGGAUGGCCAGUAUGAGGUCUCCAGCCUGCCUGAUCUCUGAGCCUGCCUCUGUUCUUACGGUUGAAAGUCCCUCCACGAUUCAUCAUGCAGUAGACAGCAUCCCAGCCACAAUCCCCACUGCCCUGCUCUCACCUGAGCCCAUGGAGGAGGAUGGCCUCCCCUCUCCUCCUGGACACUAUGUCAUGUCUGUUGCUGCUGCUCCGGUGGUUGAUAUUAAUACAGAUGCGGUUGCUAAUCUCCCCUGUGCCUCUGUGGAUGUCUAUUCACACUGGGUGGCCAGCAGCCUCCCAGCAGAGCUGACUUAGAGGAGUGGAUUAGGUUGAGUUGUUUUUAGAAGCUUUUGUAGAGUCAUUUGUUUUUUUUUUAAGUUAAAACAUUUAAUAAAGAUAAUAGUCUUAAUCUGAUUCAUUACUAGAAAUGUACACUCCACACUGCUGAAGUUUGGGGACACCUUGCCCUUUUUUUGAUACUGUAACUUUUCAAUUAAAUAAGGAUUUAUUAACAUAAACUAGCUUUUUAUAGAUACUAGAUAUAUUUUGCAGCACUCCAGUUCAUGCUCAAAUAUCUGAAAUGUUAUAUCUGAAAAGAGAUGUGCUGCCAUCACAACAGUGGGAUAGAAAUUGGGUUUGGCAUUAUUAUCUAAGUAGAACUUUUUUCAACUGGUCCUCCAAAUUUUGCAAUUUAAUGACGAAAACUGUAAAAAAUCUACACAGCUUUCUAUUUGAUAUGUGAAGUCCUCAUUCUUUAAACAUUUUGAAAGCUAGGUUCCCCUACAUUUUUGAUGAAGUGUAUAUCAUUUGAAUGUCUUUGCAAGUACAAGGCAUCGGUUUGUCUCAGUAUAGCAUAGAUGAGCAUCAGUACAUCAUUAUAUGGUCUAUCGGAGUUCUUUAUUUUUUACAUUAUUUGUUUAUGAAGUCACUAUGGAGUUAAAAAAAACACCUACUGGAUCCUAAUUUUCAUGUGUUAAAGGUGCAUUUCAGCCAAAAUGAAAAAAUGGAACCAUCACUAAAUCUGUUGUGAACAUGUCUAACUCCUACAGUGGGGUCUUGCGAGUAUGCUCCAGUUUAAAGACUAAGAAACUCUCUUCUAAUCAUGUAUCUUGAAGGUUGGAGGAACUUUUGAAAAGGUUCUACUGCUUUUGGGCAGGUAGAGGGCAAUUUGAUUGAAUUGUUUUCCUACUCACUGGCUAAUGUAGAAGGAAGCCAGCUAACUGUCCUUACCACUACGAAGCCAAAUAUCACCAGAAGGAUCCCAGUGACACAACAGUGUAUAUGUGUAAUGCAUGCUAAGUCUUAUAGUAGGAAAACACUGACGGAUGGAAACGAAACAAAAGGAUGCAAGCUUGUGAACUCUAGGAUGAGGGAUGCAAUGCUGCACUACAGAGUAGCAUAACUUUUUUUUUCUUGAUAAGUCUCAUAUCUAAGGCCCUAAACCAGAGAUGGGGAACUUGGGUCCUGGAGGGCUGGACUCCUGCUCAGUUUGACAAUCGUUCUGCUCAAACACACCUGAUUUAACGGGUUGCCAGGUUGAGUAGGUGUGAUUGAGCAGGGAAAUUGUCAAACUGUGUUGGAUUCUGGGCCUUAAUUCCACUCUUGCCCUAAAGAGAGGAAGUAGAUAGCAUUCUUGGGUUGCAUACCGCUGAAGCAGAGCGUUUGGCUGUUAAGGGUUUCUGGGGCUUGGCAUUUGACCCUGUCCCAGACAGCCAGCACACCACUGAUUGGUACCAUGUGAGCCAAAUAAACAAGUAAAACGUGGUCACUUCUGCUAGUGUUUUCUCAAACCCACUCCCAGAAAAAUGUCUCUUAGACAUUAGACAUGCUCCCCGAAUUGAGUUCAGGCCUGAAUGAAUGAUUCACUGUGUUUGUCCAGAAAUAUUUAUAAAGUUCAGAAAUUUUGUGGUUUGGCCUUUUUACAAUGCACUCCUUGUGUAA